CUUUGUCUCUCAUUUUCUUCCCUAAUUUCCCUUCCUUUGGGGACCCACACCCUGGUGCUCUAUUUUUUCGUUUCUUUUCUGAUACCCUCAUUCAUUGAACAUUAUUAUGUCUGAUGACGAGGAAUACUAUGAUGAGUUUGAUGACGAUGAUAUCUUCUGGGUGGAGGAGCCAGAUCCAGAUGUUGCUGACGACCUAGCGGCUACAUCGACAAACGACCCAGCCAUCCCGGACGACCCGUCCCUCGAAGCCGUCGAAUUCUUCAGCGAUUGGGAUGAGUUAUCGGACGACUACUAUGAUGAAGACCCUACAGUUGUGCGCAGACUCCGCGCAAUGGGCGCGUGGACCAACCACAAUGAAGCCCUUGCAGCCAAAGUUGACAACUCUCCCCCAACUAAACGCCGGAAAACCAACGCCCCCGCAACAGACAUCACCUCCUUCCAAGGUGUUGUUUGGAAACUCCCAACCGACGAAACGGAUUUCGUCCAAAUCUAUGCCCCAGGCGAGGGAGACAAGGUCGAGAAGGUCGCAUUGCUCAAGAACUGGCGCGAAAUUUUCAAAAACGCAAACCCCGCUAUUGCCCGCCUGCGCGUGCGAUCCGCCACCAGCGGCCCACUGGCUUCAGAGGUAGAUGGCUUGGAUUCGGGCGAUUUUCUUCCCCCUGAGCCUAGUUUGGAUGAUGCCUCGACUGGUGCGUCUUCGCCCUCGGUAGCGGUAGAGGAGUUCCGUGAUGAUGGACUGGGUUCGACAACGAGUGUUACGGAUAUGCCCUCGGAGAAAACGCUCUAUUCGGCUCCUGUGCAUACGAGCGUGGUUGUAAAUUCCCCUUCAGAGUUGCCGGUUCAUUCGAAGAGGGUCGAAAGGUCCGCGGAACAGGAAUUGAAAGCCGAGUCGCAGCCGUCGAAAGCUCCAGCUCCGUCGAAUCGGAAACGUAAGGCGUCGGUAUCGUUAGACGAACCACACGACCAGGGCGAGACUACCUCGCGCCCUGCGACGAAGACUAGGUCGAAGCGGGUCGCAUCCUCGAAGGGUGCACCUGCACCGGCUACGUCGUCUGGUCCUAUUCGGAGGUCCACCAGAAACAAGAAAUAAACCAGACUUGCAAAAAAAAAAAAAAAAAGAUUGCAUGAAUUAUGAGUUUCCCAUCAUGGCUUCUUGGACUCCACGAAAAGAUCCUAUCCUAUCCUAUCCGACCCCUAUGUAUUCUUAGACCUCUAGGAAAAGAAGACAUUGUAAUUAUGACACCAUUCAAAAUGAUAAUCUAUUCUUACCAGCGCACCCGAUCAAGAAGCAAAAAAAAAAAAAAAAAUCAUUGGGCGUAUUCCUUGUUAAAGGCUCGCCCGAUCACGAUGCGUCUGAUUUCACUCGUCCCUGCACCGAUUUCGUAGAGCUUGGCGUCCCGGAGGAGUCUGCCUGCAGGGAUCUCGUUGAUAUACCCGUUUCC